GGCCGAGUGUACAACGUGAGCCGAUACUUGGAGUACCAUCCGGGUGGAGAGGAGGAACUGAUGAAGGGAGCCGGGAAAGAUGCUACUGAUCUCUUCAAUCAGGUCCAUCGAUGGGUGAAUUUCGAAUCCUUGCUUCAGAAAUGCUUGAUUGGGAAGCUUCAGGAUACCAAACCCAUAUCCCUCCAGAAGCAGAGGCAGUCGUUGGAUGUAUUAUCAUCUCAUGGCCCUCCAAGUCCGUCAUCCCCGUCGAGGAAGGGGGAGGAGGUGGAGGAAGAGAAUGAGAAAGUGAGUAUCCGCUGGGACUGGCACGAGACGCCAUCCACCCUGGAGAUGAGCUUCUACACGAAAACGAAGAAGAGAGUCCGGGAGGAGGACGUCCUCGUGGACCUGGCACCUGGGAAUGAUACACUCUCGUGCACCAUCACACUCCUCCCCGAUCACCUCUACACUCUAUCUGUUACCCUUGCUCACCCCGUUCAAUCCAGGGUCAUGGUCCGCUCCUUUUCCAACGCUGACAAGGUCUGCUUAUAUGAAUCAUUCCUUGGCACUUGCUAUUCUCGACGUGUGUCCUUGUAUCUGAAAAAAGUGACCCAAGGUUUGUGGAAGAACUUAGGAGAAGGUAGUGAUGGGGAUGGGGAGCUGAGAGCAUUGAAGGAUGCUCCAGUUGUCUAUCGAGAGUGGGAAGUGACAAGGAAGGAGGAGGUGACCCACAACACGCGUCUCUUGCAACUCCAAGCUCCUCCUACCUGCCUUCACCUCCGUCCACCUCUAGGGUAUCAUGUCCAUAUCCGCCUCCACAUCUCUGAAGGGGUGGAUGUGGUUAGAAGCUAUACGCCUGUUGCAUCUGGGUUGGAGGACUUGGAAGAGAAGAGUGUGGAUGGAGGCCACAUUUAUCUACUAGUCAAGAUUUACCAAGAAGGAGCCUUAACUCCUCAACUUGAUGCCCUGCAAGUUGGUCAAAAGGUGGAGGUGAGCAACCCAGAGGGUGGUGGGAACCCAUUUGAUGAAUCCAAGCUGGAAAGAUGUCAGAGGCUGGUCCUCUUGGCUGCUGGGACUGGUUUCACCCCUAUGGUUCGACUUCUUCUCCGUGCAAUUAGGCAUCCGGAGAAGCAGGUGUUAUUGGUGUUAUUCAAUCGGACUAAAGAAGACAUCAUUUGGAUGGAGGAACUUGAUUCUCUCUCUCAGGUUCAUCCCAACUUUCAAGUGGAGCAUAUCCUGAGUGAAUCAAGUGGAGUAUCAUGGGCUGGGCAUCGGGGUCGCAUCUCCCGAUCCCUCCUUGAUCAACUCCUCCCAAUUGUGGAGGAGGAUCAACACCUCUUUAUCUGUGUCUGUGGACCACAGCCUUUCUGCCAACUUGCCCAUCAAUGCCUGGAUGAACUUCAGUAUUCCUCUGAGCAGAUUCACAUGUUCCAGGGCUGAGUGUCUUCCUGAGGGCUCUAUACAAAAACCAUAUUUGCCCGAGGAAAGACAAAGACAGAAGAAAGUGGAUCAAAACUCAUCACAAUUUUCAUAUCAUGGAGAGUACUCCCUGUUGUCUGCAUAUUUUUCCCAACCACUGCACACAUCAUGAUAUUUCAAGUUGUGCUUAGGUGCAGGGGUUCACCUGAUCAUCUGUGGGUUCCAGUAACACCUCCAUUUUUUACCAUGACGACAAUGAACUGAGGAGAGGAGAGGAGAAAUGUUCUAAUUUUAUUCAUCCUACCUUUUCACUUACCUGCUCUUUAUUACAUGCUUCACUCACUUAUAUUGAAUGUUCACUUGACAAAUAUUGAUAAAUUCAAUGCAGGAUUAGCUAAAUGUACUGUAAUUCAAUGUUCAUCAUGCACAGUGUCAAUGAUGCUCACAAAAUUGUCAGAAAAGGCAUUGUACAUGUGAACUUUGUUAUUGAGAAUCUUAUUAUCAUCUAUUAUUUAGAGUGGUGCUGCCAUGAGCAUGGCAAUCAUACCAUUUGGCAACUUCAUGUCACUGUUUUCUUGCAGCAUAUUAUGUACACUGUAGAAUGGGUGCAAUUAGUGACUCCUGUCAGAAGAGACAAGGCCUUUCUGUACAUUUUAAUAUUUGUUUCAGUGGCAAAAGUUUUAAAAGGCCUAUGAGUUGCUCUGGAGUGAGAAGGUUUGGCAGAAGAGGAUCAUGCAUGGAAUAUCAGCAAAAAUAUUGAUUUCAACAAGAAAACUGGACACAUGGCAAGUACAGGGUGUCCCAACGAAUCGUAACGAUUUGAUUUUUUAAUAACUUAUUUCAUUCUUCACUGAUUCUGAUUGCGUUUAUAUCCUUUUGUAGAAAAUUUCAAUAGAAUUUAAUUGACACCUAGUUGAGCUCAAAUGGAUAAAUGUGAAAGGAAUUACAACGGUUUCCGUGAGGUACACUUUUUUUUAAUCGAAAAAUAAGGUACAUUUUGCAACCUAUACCAUUUAUUGCAAUCAUAAAAAAAAACAAAAUUUACGAUGCGUAGGUAAUCUCAAUGUGUGCCCCAUUAUUGUCAAUGUAUCGCUG